AUGGACUGGACUGGACUGGACUGGACUGGAAUAGACUGGACUGGACUGGCCGGGACCGGACUGGACUGGACUGGGCUGUACUGGAGCGGAUUGGACUGGAAUGGACUGGUUGGACUACACUGGACUGGACUGGACUGGACUGGACUGGACUGGACUGGACUGGAUUGCAAUGGACUGCACUGGAUUGGACUGGAAUGGACUGGACUGGACUGGACUGGACUGGACUGGACUGGACUGGGCUGGACUGGACUGGCCUGGAAUGGGUUGGACAGUAGUGGAUUAGACUGGACUGGACUGGAUUGGACUUGGCUGGACUGCACUGGACUGGACUGGACAAAA